AUGAAUUUUAGUGACGCUGAAGUAGCCCAUUCAAUCCUCAAAGACGCUGGCUUUGAGAAGGUCAAUGACCUCAGUAAAGCGGACACAGCGCUUUUGCUUACUUGCGCUAUUCGUGACGGCGCCGAAGAAAAAGUUUGGCGGCGAAUGAUGCACCUCCGCUCGUUUACAAAAAGCAAGCACAAUCCGCCAUUGCGAAUAGGUGUUCUUGGGUGCAUGGCAGAGCAUCUAAAGGAAAAGCUCCUAGAGGGGCGUGUAAUGCGUGACUCCGUUGUUGCCGCAGAUUUCAUUUGCGGUCCUGACGGCUAUCGCGAUUUACCAAAGCUAAUUGAUGACAUUCAAGAGCGGGGCUUACAAGGCGCAUCCCUAGCACUAUCCUUGGAGGAGACAUAUGCCGAUGUUAAGCCUAUUCGUAAAUUUGGCCCUUCAGCAUUUCUUUCGGUAAUGCGAGGAUGUGACAAUAUGUGUUCCUAUUGCAUCGUGCCUUUCGUUCGUGGAAGGGAACGCAGCAGACCUCUGAAGUCAAUUAUCGAUGAGCUGCAUUGUCUGUCUUCAGAGGGAAUCAAAGAAGUCAUCCUUUUGGGACAAAACGUCAAUAGUUAUCGCGAUCUCUCUGAGGGCGGCGUUUGUCAAAAUCGAACGGCUGACACACUAGCUCCCGGCUUCACAACAGUCUACAGGCACAAGGUCGGUGGCCACCGGUUCAUCGAUUUAUUGGACGCCGCAAGCUCUGUUGAUCCGAACAUGCGGAUCCGGUUCGCGUCUCCGCAUCCUAAGGAUUUUAAUUCUGACGUGCUCCAUUUAAUAGCUGAGAGACCAAAUGUUUGCUCGCAGUUGCAUUUGCCGGCACAGUCAGGCAGUUCUUCGGUUCUUGAACGCAUGCAACGGGGCUACACCAGAGAAGCUUACCUUGAACUUGUUGAUCGCGCAAAAUCAAUCAUCCCAGGCAUGUGUGCUUGUCUGUUCUACUUACCCAGUGUAGGUAUCGCAAUUACAUCGGAUUUCAUCGCCGGAUUCUGCAAUGAAACCGAGGACGACCAUCGUGAAACACUCUCUCUCAUUGACUAUGUUUCCUACGCCUAUGGCUUCUGUUUUCCGUUUAGUCUUCGAACGAAAACACGAGCAUUUCACAGACUGGUGGACGACGUACCGGAGGACGUCAAAGCACGCAGGCACAACGAGUUGAAGUCCGCUCUACGAGCUUCGUCUCUUCGAUUUAACGAAUCCCUCGUCGGCUCGACACAACUUGCACUUGUAGAAUCGGUCAGUAAGCGAUCGCCAUUUGAACUUGCGGGCAGAAUUGAUGCAGGCGUGAAAGCCAUCUUUCCCAAGUAUUAUCCUGACACUUCUGAGAUUCAAAUUGCGGAUUACGUGGCGUUACGCAUCGAUUCGUGCACGUCUCAGACCCUCAGAGGCACACCACUGCGGAGGUCAAGCAUCGUCGAUUUUUAUGCAAACACUCGCCUCCGAGAUGAACUUUUGCCGUAA